UUCAACACUGUGGAUUCACAUUCAGGUUUUAGGGAUUUUCACCAAAAAACAGUAUGUAUGUGGGUAGCGGGGAUGGCUACUGUUCUUCUAGUGGGGAAGAGAGCUACACAUACUACAAGCCAAACUCAGAUGAGCCAGUCUAUGACUUCACAACACCUACAAACGAAAAUGCCUUGUGCAGAAGAUGCAACAAAAAGGUUUAUCCAACCGAGAAAAUGGAAAUCGGUAUCAGUCUACAUAAAUAUUGCUUCAAGUGUGCCGAGUGUAAAGUUACACUGACUCUAAAUACGUUCAAAGUUGGAAAGGCAAAUCUUAAUAAAGAGAAAGACGUGUUUUGUAUUGCUCAUGCCCCGAAGUUAAGUCAGAACAUGCUUGAUGAUCAGUCCUUACAGAUCAAGGCAGCUGCCAACGCACAGAAACUCAGACCUGCUCCUGGUUCCAGAAUAUAUGACCUACCGGGUUGGGAAUAUGACCAUGAAGCAAUGGAAUUCUCCCAUGCUAAACAUUUAGAUGACAGAAUCAAGAAAGGAAGAAAGAAACACAGAAUUGUUGACCCUAAUGAAACAGACUAUGAAGAUGUCAAUGAUCUGGAGCAGCUAAGAGGUGGAGUAUACAAGAGACCAGGGAUCAGUAAGGUUGCAGCAGUACUUCAGAACCAACUCAGUGGCAAAGGAGGGAAGCCACCUAAGAAACACGAAUACAUGGAACCCAACGACACAUUUGGUGCUGCAACUAAUGGGAAUGGCUACAAUAAUGGAGAGAGCUUAUAUGAACCAUUGAGGGUGGCAAGAGGGGAGACUGGCAAACCAAACGAUCCUAGAGUGAAACCACCAGAUUUUAAUACCCCUGAUCCUAGAAGUGGGGCUCCAUUGCCACCCCCUAAUCCACCCCCUAUGGGAAGGAGCAAUACAGACCCAAGGUUAGCACAGUUGGAUGCACAGAUGAUGGCCAUGAAUAUGAAUGGGGGCAUGCCAAUGAAUGGACAUGGUAUGCCAAUGAAUGGACA